AGUGCUCAUCGUGAACUUUCUGUGAAAAAUCGCGAAAAUUGGGGACUGCUGAAAAAAUUGACUUUGUGUUUAAUUUAUUGAAAGAAACUCAUUCGUGUUUGUGGCUUGCAGUAGAAUCGUGUGGAACUUUCAAUUUGAAGAAGUUCACAACACAACGACCUGAUUGGAAGUGAUUUUAAUAUGAGUAAUGCGAUUAACCAAAAUGGAACGAGUCUAGAACAGCAGAUUGCUGGUCUGGACUUGAAUGAAAGUCGGGGACCUUCGGGGCCGAAGCCUGACAUCUAUGUAAUUCCUCACUUGAGAGAGAAGAAUCCAAGCUCUAAUUCUGGAGACUACGAUCGAGGUAGUUCUCAACACUACGACCAACGUGAUCGAUACGAGAGAGAUCGUGACUUUCGCGGUGGUCCAGAUUCGCGGGAAUAUCGUAACGAUCCACGGGAUUAUAAGAAUUCGUCUGGAGGAGGCGCAAAUCGUAGACUUGGCGGUCGUGGUGGUGAUCGUGACAGGGAUUUUGGCAACUUUAAACGUCGCCCUGAUUUUCCACCGCCAGAUAACUUUCAGAACGGCGGUGCCAAGUUUUACGACCGUAGAAGCGAUGAUUGGGGGCGCAGUGUCCGUGGAGGACCGCGUGAUGCUUCCAUACGCAGCAACAAUCGCUGGCCGGAUGCUCCACCAGCACGCGAAGGAGGAGGUCCAGGAUACGGUGGGAAGUGGCGUGGGGGCGACAAUGGUGGACGCUCCGGCCACGAUGUUGAUUGCACCAUUCCCCUGCCAAAAGAUGAGCAUCUCGAACAGGAGUUGUUCGGCACGGCAAACACCGGUAUUAAUUUUAACAAAUACGAAGACAUACCCGUGGAGGCGACGGGCAGCCAUGUGCCGCCACAUAUCACAUCCUUUGAUGACAUCAAGCUGACAGAGAUUAUAAGGAAUAGUAUAAAUUUGGCACGCUAUGACAAACCAACACCAGUGCAGAAAUAUGCCAUUCCGAUUAUAUUGGGCGGUCGUGAUUUGAUGGCUUGUGCCCAAACCGGUUCGGGCAAAACGGCGGCCUUUCUGGUGCCGAUCCUAAAUCAAAUGUAUGAGCGUGGCUUAGGAACCCCACCAAGUGGUGGCAGCAGUCGCUCAUACUAUCGACGAAAGCACUAUCCACUGGGACUUGUUUUGGCUCCUACACGUGAGCUGGCUACUCAGAUUUUCGAGGAGGCCAAAAAGUUCUCAUAUCGCGCUCGUAUGCGUCCCGCCGUGCUCUAUGGUGGUAACAACACUAGUGAGCAAAUGCAAGAAUUGGACCGUGGAUGCCAUCUGAUUGUGGCCACACCUGGUCGAUUGGAAGACAUGAUAACGCGUGGUAAAGUGGGCUUGGAUAAUAUACGUUUCCUGGUCCUUGAUGAGGCUGACAGAAUGCUCGAUAUGGGUUUUGAGCCACAGAUUCGUCGCAUUGUGGAGCAGAGUAAUAUGCCACCGACCGGAGAGCGACAGACGCUGAUGUUCUCAGCCACUUUCCCCAAGGCUAUUCAAGAGUUGGCCAGUGAUUUUCUGCACAAUUACAUCUUUUUGGCCGUGGGACGUGUGGGUUCCACUUCUGAGAAUAUCACACAGUCAAUUCUGUGGGUUAAUGAGUCCGACAAGAGGUCUUAUCUACUGGACUUGCUAAGCUCCUUCAAAGAUGGUCCUGAAUACUCCAAGGACUGUCUCACACUUAUCUUUGUUGAGACGAAAAAAGGUGCCGACGCUCUUGAGGAUUUUCUACAUCGUUAUGAUCAUCCAGUGACAAGUAUUCAUGGUGAUCGUACACAGCGUGAGCGCGAGGAUGCCCUUAAGUACUUUCGGUCUGGCACUUGUCCUAUUCUAGUGGCAACAGCUGUGGCUGCACGUGGUCUGGACAUUCCACAUGUAAAGCACGUCAUUAACUUUGAUUUGCCAUCCGAUGUGGAGGAAUAUGUUCAUCGAAUUGGACGUACAGGACGUAUGGGGAAUUUGGGAGUUGCAACGAGCUUCUUCAAUGACAAGAAUCGCAAUAUUUGCGGUGAUCUAGUGGAGUUGCUGGUGGAAACUAAGCAGGAUGUACCCGAGUUUCUUGAGGAAAUUCUAACCCAGGAGCGUUCAGGCGGUCGUCGUGGCGGUGGCGGAGGUGGCGGCGGAGGUCGUCGUUAUGGAGGAAAUUCCUUCACAUCACGCGAUUUUCGCACCCAAUCUGGCGGUGGCAAUCGUGGACCGCCUAAUCGGAGUGCCGGAGGAUCUCGUGGACCACACGGUGGAUACGGCAACUAUUAUGGCAAUGGAGGAGGUGGAGGCGGCGGGGGAAAUUACGGUGGAAGCUAUGGAAACUCAUAUUCUAACAAUUCCGGUCCCGACUGGUGGAAUGAGUAAAUAUCGCC